CCGCUGCUUCUGUUUCUUGAAGAAAACUCUGUUGCUGCUGCUCACUCCACUCCAAAAUGAUGCAGGCAUAUAUACAUUCAUUCGGUAAUCGGCUUAGCCAUCGAAUUAAUUCAAGCUCAGGAUCAAGCACACCAUAGUUCUCACAGAUCAGUACAUAAAAAAUGCAACCGCAGGACGCCACCGAGGACAUCGUCAUUGCCGGCGCCGGCUUGGCCGGCCUCGGUGUUGCCCUGGGUCUCCACAGGAAGGGUGUUCGGAGCGUGGUGCUGGAGUCGUCGCCGGCGCUUCGAACAUCUGGGUUCGCGUUCAUGACAUGGACGAAUGCCUUCCGGGCGCUUGAUGCCCUUGGGGUAGGAGACAAGAUGAGGAGCCAGCAUGUGCAGGUUCAAGGGGUGCGUGUCAUGUCUUCCAUUACCGGCGAAGUAGUGCGAGAAAUUGACAUACGGGUGCAGGGAAAAUGCGGGCCGCACGAAGCCCGGUGCGUGCAGCGCAAUGUUCUGUUGCAGGCACUUGAAGAGGAGCUGCCGAGAGACACCAUCCGCUACUCCUCCAAGAUCGUUUCCAUCGACCAAGACACCGGCAGCGAUGCCAAGAUCCUCCAUCUCGCUGACGGCUCGACUCUCAGGGCGAAGGUUGUGAUCGGGUGCGACGGCAUCAACUCGGUGGUGGCGAACUGGCUGGGGCUCGCCAAGGCGUGCGACUCGGGGCGCAGGGCCACCCGGGGACAUGUCAAGUACCCUGACGGCCAUGGUUUCCAGCCCAAGUUCAUGCAGUUCACCGGCAAAGGCUUCCGUGCUGGUCUGGUGCCCUGCGGCGAGACAGACGUCUACUGGUUCUUGACAUGGUCUCCUUCCUGUCCAGAUGAUGACGUCGAGCAGAGUGCGGCGGCGAUGAAGCAGUUCGUGCUGACCAAGCUCAGGAGCAUCAACGCCCCUUCCGAGGUGCUGGACGCGGUGGAGAGGAGCCAGAUGAACGACGUGCUCGUGGCGCCGCUGCGCUACCGGCCGCCACUCUCGCUCCUGCUCGCGAGCAUCAGCAAGGGCAACGUGUGCGUGGCCGGCGACGCGCUCCACCCGACGACGCCCGACCUGGCGCAGGGCGCGUGCGCGGCGCUAGAGGAUGCCGUCGUCCUCGCGCGGUGCCUCGGCGACUCCAUCGUCGGCGACGGGAGUGAGAGUGUCGAUGCCGCUCUGCUCAAGUACGCCGGGAUCAGGCGGUGGAGGAGCGCCCAGCUGAUCGCGGCGUCCUACAUGGUCGGGUGCGUGCAGCAGAGCGAUCACGCGAUCGUGAGGUUUGUGCGGGACAAGUUGCUGUCCGGGGUGCUCGCCAAGGGGCUCCUCAUGAUGCCGGACUACGACUGCGGAACGCUCUGA